AUGGCAUCAGACAGGAGAAGUUCGGCCGUCUUGAGAGGCGGCAUGGGCGUCCGGACUGCGCCCCCUGGAAUUGCAGCAUUGUUCCUGAUCCAUUUCGACAUUAAAGCCGGAUAUACAAUCGUGUGGAAAGAGAGCCUGCCCGAUGUCGUACUGCACGAUGUCGUCGAGUUCAAAUCACUGCCGUCUGGUCUACACAACGUGAAGGAGGACCUUGUAUACUUCGUCCAAGACGACUAUGCCGGUCUUAGCGCCUUCGUCAACCAACCCGCCGACGAGAGUGAGAGGAACGCUCUGAUGCUGGCCGUCGGCGUUUUGGUUCCACUGAGUCAGGGAAGACUAGGAAAGGCAUGGAGACACGCUGCAAGCUUAAAAGAGCUGGCUCGGAAGCUUGCUAAUGAUUACGGCGAUACCAAACCUCUGGCCGAUUACUGGGAAGCCUUUCAACUUCCUAACUACCACAAUGAAUCUCCUCCCGAUUCCCCAUUGGCUUCCAUUUCAGGCUUGAAACCGAAGCAGUCUACGCCCCAGGGCGCCUUUCACCGAGGCCGUACGCUCAGUGACGCCACAGCGCUGCUAACUUCGAAGCAGCUUCUUGCCCCUUAUCAUCCUGCACUUUGCCUUCCCGAUUUUAAAGAUACGCUUGGCCCUUUGAUAUUCCCAUUGUAUCGAGCGGCCCUGUUACGAAAGCGGAUACUUUUCCUUGGAGACGCACCUGUUGAAACCUCCUGUAAUUUCGUAUACGACCUAGCUCUUCUCUCUUCGCUUCCUCAGACGCUCUCACCUUUCCUUCCACCCACCGACCUCCCCGCCUUCAGGCCCCGAGCACUGUUUAACGUUGGUGUUCACGACCUACCAUACCUCACCUCGCUGUCACGCAAAACAUCUCCACAGAAAAAAGGAGAAAAUUGUUGGAUCGCAUGUACAAGCGAUCGUGUGUUGGGCCUCAAACCAGAGCUCUACGAUGUUCUAAUCGACCUGCCACCACCAUAUUCCAAAGAUGCUCCCGAAAAAGUAUACCCGAAACUCAUGCUUUCCCCAUUACAUCCACUCACACCCAAGGACUCAAAACAAAUCCGUUUGAAGGCUACUCAGCGAGAUGUACGGCGGUAUCUAACUCUCAGGGAGGGUCUAAAUGUCCUUCCCCGCGACGAUGCUGCAAACGAAGACGAGGAGGAAGAAUUUGACAACUCCUCAACAUUCUCGACGAAUUCACUUGUUGAACCACUCUCAUGGCCUCUUUUAGCCUACACAUCCUUCAUAUGGUGGGCCUCUGCUGGAGAAAAGGGAGCGGGCCAGUCCGACGAGGAGAAGGAGCAGGAUGCUAAAUUACUGCUACCAGACGAUGACAGCAUCUACGCGCCGGGGACCCGCCGCGGUAGCAUCUCCUACCAAGAACGCGACGACCGAACGCAAGAAAUAGCCCUAAUAACAUAUUUCCGACGUCUCACCACCCAAAUUUUCACCGUCCUCUUCGACAUCGUCAGCCGUCAAGAUGAGGAGCGCAGUGAGAACGCUGGAGAAAGCAGCAGGCUUGAUGAAGUUGGCUCGCCUAUUCCAUCCGGAGAUGAAGAAGAAUACCGAGACGAGCCAGAGGAGCCGUUAAUAAUACAUGCCAACCAAGAAGACUCUCAGCCGCUCUUAAACAACCGCACAUCUGGACGAGAUAAGCUAGGCGAUGACGAAGACGAAUUCACACCCAUAACUACUACAGACAUGGCGCAAAUGGGUCUCGACCCAUGGAGCGAAGCAGAUAGGAGAUUCGUCGAGGAGCUGGUUCAGGUAUGGUGGGACCGAAAAGCACAAGUUCAGGGAGGGAGAAUUAAGUGUUGCGGGGUGCGCAUCCUUUGAAAUAUGGUACAUAUUAUAUGUAGUUGUAUGCUGGCGCGCGGGGGUUAAUGGGAUAUAUCUAGGUUUAUGGCGGGAAGCUCUCAUGGAUGCUAAUAUCUCGAAUAUAGUAGCGCUGAUGAGACGGGUCGGACAUCUACGUAUUGUUUUGAUUUGGAGCCAAUA